CUCCAAGAUCUGCCGGUUGACACCUUAAUGUGCUACAUCACCGAGGAUACUAUUUCGGACUUUCUGCUGAUUUAGCUGGUCACCAUGUGCAAACAUGUCUUGAACGCCCAGGUGUCCAUUCGAUCCCCUUGCUGCAAGAAAUGGUUCGAUUGUGCCGAGUGCCACCACGAGAAGGAGACCCAUCCGUUAUUGCAGCGAUAUGAGAUGAUUUUUGGGUGCAAGAAGUGCAGCAAGGUCUUCCGCAAAGAUGCCAGAGAGUUCGAAGACAGUGAUGAGUACUGCCCUCAUUGCGAUAAUCACUUCGUUCUGGAUGCCAAAACCCCUCAAGCGGCAUUGAAUGUGGAGAGUGAAGAUCCGCGGAAAGAUUCCCGGAUGCUCAAAGACAACAGGGUGCGGGAAGCUGACAAGCAGACCAUCUUCGACGUCAAAGAAGCCGCAGAGCGGUUAGGUUAGGUCAAGGCGACACCAUGGCCUAAGGCGCGGCUGUCGGGAAUGAGGAUCAUGAUGUUGUUAUGCGAUUCCUUUUCGUCCGAUACCAAAUACCAUUUGAUGCCCUGACUUUGCAUUCUAUGAACGAAACGCCAACGCUCCAUAUAUGACACCGUCCGUGAUCCUCCACGUCUCCAUGCCUGUGUCUGGCAUCUCAUGCGCCGGAUCCUUCGCCCGACUGCCUCGUAAGGAUGGCCGCGGUGCCACUGCCUGGUGCACGGCCAGGUCUUCGAUUCGCCGCCUCCUCCUGCUUCUCCGUGUCGAUGCUCUCCACGUACUUUUCGAUCGCGUCGUCCGCAAGCAUUUCGACCGGCUUCCCAGGGGCCAUAAUAGCGAUUUCGAUGUUUUUCGCCCCGGUUUGCACCACCUCCAGGAGAGACUUGACGGUCAGCUUGAUAGUG